AUGGCAGAGAAGAUUCUGCAGUGGAAUUGCGUCGAGCAGCUGGCGCGCGAACUACAACCACCCAGGAAAUCAAGUGUUUCAGGGCAGGUCGUCCUGAUCUCCAAGGCGGUGCGGGCCUACGGCGCCGACUUCGACGGCAAGGCCGAGCGGUUCCUGCGACGGUACCGCGAGUUCCUUACCGAUUCCGUCGUGGUCGCGGUGCUCAGGGCGGUGCGCUCCCCGGAGCUCUGCGUCAGGUUCUUCCUCUGGGCCGAGCGCCAGGUGGGUUACAGCCACACUGGUGCCUGCUACGACGCGCUCGCCGAGGUCUUGGGGUUCGAAGACCGCGCCAGGACCGCCGAGAGGCUGCUUAGGGAGAUUGGGGAGGAUGAUCGUGACGUGCUCGGCAGAUUGCUCAAUGUGCUGGUGCGGCAGUGUUGCCGCCAAGGCAUGUGGGGCGAGGCGCUUGAGGAGCUUGGGAGGCUGAAGGACUUUGGGUACAGGCCGUCCGCGGUGACCUACAAUGCACUCGUGCAGGUGCUUGCGAGCGCGGGGCAGGUGGAAAUGGGGUUCCGAGUGCAGAAGGAGAUGUCGGCAUCAGGGUUCUGCAUGGACAGGUCCACAGUCGGAUCCUUUGCGCAGGCUCUGUGCAAGGAGGGACGUUGGGGCGAUGCACUUGACAUGAUAGAGAGGGAGGAUUUUAAGCUCGACACUGUGUUGUGCACCCAGAUGAUCAGUGGACUGAUGGAGGCCUCCCUUUUCAAUGAGGCCAUGUCAUUUCUUCACAGGAUGCGGUGCAACUCGUAUAUCCCGAAUGUGGUAACAUAUAGGACGCUGCUCUCAGGAUUUCUGAAAAAGAAGCAGCUUGGCUGGUGCAAGAGAAUCAUUAACAUGAUGAUGACAGAGGGUUGCAAUCCAAAUCCUUCAUUGUUCAAUUCACUUGUGCAUACUUACUGCAAUGCUGAGGAUUAUGCAUAUGCAUAUAAACUGUUUAAUAGGAUGAAUAACUGCGGUUGUCCUCCUGGUUAUGUUGUAUACAACAUAUUCAUUGGAAGCAUUUGUGGUCGAGAAGAAUUGCCAAAUCUUGAGUUGUUGGAUUUGGCAGAGAAAGUCUACGAGGAGAUGCUGGUUGCUAGCUGCGUUCUCAAUAAGGUUAACACUGCCAAUUUUGCUCGGUGCCUUUGUGGUGUGGGAAAAUUUGAGAAGGCAUUUCAGAUAAUGAAGGAGAUGAUGAGGAAAGGCUUUGUUCCUGAUGCAAGCACGUACACUAAGGUGAUUACUUUUCUGUGCCAGGCUAACAGGGUAGACAAGGCCUUCCUUUUAUUUCAAGAGAUGAAGAAGGUAGGUGUUAAUCCGGAUGUGUACACAUACACAAUUUUGAUCGAUAGCUUUUGUAAGGCUGGUCUCAUUGAACAAGCCCAGGGCUGGUUUGAUGAGAUGAGAAGUGCUGGCUGCUCACCAAAUGUAGUGACAUAUACUGCAUUGCUUCAUGCUUACCUGAAAUCUAAGCAGCUCUGUCAGGCUAAUAUCAUCUUCCACAGAAUGGUUGAUGAUUCCUGCUAUCCAAAUGCCGUUACAUAUAGUGCACUAAUUGACGGCCUCUGUAAGACGGGCGAAAUCCAAAAGGCCUGCGAAGUCUAUGCCAAAUUAAUAGGGACUUCUGACAGUAAAGAAUCUGAUUUCUACUUUGAAGGCAAGGACACAGACACCAUUUCUCCAAAUGUUGUCACCUAUGGUGCACUUGUAGAUGGUUUGUGCAAAGCUCAAAAGGUGGCUGAUGCUCAUGAGUUGCUAGAUGCUAUGCUAUCAUCUGGCUGUGAGCCCAACCAGAUUGUUUAUGAUGCUCUGAUUGAUGGUUUUUGCAAAGUUGGAGAAAUUGAUAGUGCUCAGAAGGAUUCAUGUAAUCCUAAUGUCGUCACUUACACAGCUAUGGUUGAUGGGCUCUGUAAAACAGGUGAAACUGAAAAAGCCCUAAACCUGCUGUCAUUGAUGGAAAAGAAGGGAUGCAGUCCAAAUGUUGUAACUUACACUGCCCUAAUACACGGACUAGGGAAAGCUGGUAAAGUUGAUGCAGGUCUUAAGCUUUUUAUGCAAAUGAAGACAAAAGGAUGUGCUCCCAACUAUGUUACAUACAGAAUACUGAUAAACCAUUGUUGUGCUGCUGGUCUUUUGGACGAUGCCCAUUUACUGCUUGAUGAGAUGAAGCAGACCCACUGGCCAAAGUAUCUGCAAGGAUACCGCAACACAGUUCAGGGUUUCAGCAAGAAGUUUCUUGCUUCUCUUGGUUUGUUGGAGGAGAUGGAAUCACAUGACACAGCACCGAUAGCUCUUGUUUAUGGGAUGCUCAUUGAUAGUUUCUCCAAGGCUGGUAGACUGGAGACAGCCUUGGAGUUGCACAAAGAGAUGAUGGAAGUCUUGUCAUCCCUAAAUAUGGCCAGCACGGACAUGCACACCUCAUUAAUCCAGGCACUUUGUUUAUCAUCUCAAGUUGAAGAAGCAAUUGCAUUAUAUAGUGAAAUGACCAGGAAAGGCAUUGUACCAGAUUUAAGUGCCUUUGUUUGUCUUGUAAAGGGACUAAUUGAAAUGAAUAAGUGGAAUGAAGCUCUUCAGUUGUGUUAUGGCAUAUGCCAGGAGGGUGUGAACUGGCAGGGUAACAAAUUCUGUGAUGGAGGUCACCCUGAGACAGAAAUGUGCAACUCAUGGAUGACUGAAGAAAAACAGCAACCAGGACUUGGAGUAGCACUGCACUACAAAGAGAUAAGAUUGAUUCUUAAGCUACAUGUAUGGGUGCUGCUUCUGCUGAUGAUCAUGAUGAUUGAAGAAAAUCUUCAGUACACUGCAUGCAGUCAAAUUGCACUCACAUGGACAAAGAAAUUUCACUGGCUAUCAAGAUUAGUCUUUGUAUAUAAGAUGGUGAUGGUUACAGAAGUCUUGCUGGUGGUGAAGAUAGCAUGA